AUGUCUUACCAACGGAACAGUGCAAGAGCCUCUCUUGACCUCAGAAGUCAAUAUCAACAACUGGAAGGCAGAAUGAGGUCAGAACAUUUUAAUCCCGCCUAUCAACAGCAGCAACAAAAAGGCCAGAACAUACCCCUGUCACUACCCUCGUCGCUUGCGCAACGCAAUCCUAUACCUUACCCUAUCGACGCUGUGACUUCCGAUCCCACUAUCCCGGCUCAGUUGAACGUAUAUGAUCACGAUCGGCAAAAUUCGAUAGUCGAUGCUGCGGCUGGCACCAAUACGACGCACUCUUUGAACUCUAAUAAUAUUCCAUCAUCACAAAAUAAUAAUAUUAAUAAUAACAAUAUCAAUAAUGUUGGUUCCUUCACUGACCCUUCCAUGCUAACGCUGCCAAAAAUGUCUUUACAUAGCCACCAGAAGCAGUAUGAUUCUAACCAAAACGAUCCUAGGUCCCCUCUGGCGAUACUGAUACCGACUUCUGCGCAGCCCACUGAUGUCUUGUCUGCUAGGUUUUCUGCCUGGAGAAAUGUUAUUCGUGCCAUCUUGGUAUAUCUCUCUGAGACCGCCUCAAUACAGGACGAAAUAGUUAGACAGCAACUGAGGUUGUCCCAUGCUGUGCAGUUCCCCUUUUUCAGCAUUGAAAACCAAUAUCAACCGGUCUCUAAUGAAGACAAGUCCAUGCAGAAAUUUUUUCUGCCCUUAGGAAGUGGAUCCGUUCAAGAUUUGCCCACGAUGCUGACCAAGUAUCAUGAUAAUCUGGCCUCUUUGGCAUCGAAAAGUUCCAAGGAGUUGACCAGUGAAAUUAUACCCAGGCUAGAGGAUUUGAGAAGAGAUUUACUAGUCAAGAUUAAAGAAAUUAAGGCUUUGCAAUCUGAUUUUAAAAAUUCCUGUAACAAAGAGCUUCAGCAAACUAAACACUUGAUGAAGCUUUUUAAUGAAUCAUUAAAAGAAUGUAAAUUAGGUACACCAAAGAGUGACCCAUUUUUGAUAAAAUUGCAAUUGGAAAAGCAAAUCAAAAGACAGUUGGUGGAAGAAAAUUAUUUGCACGAGGCAUUCGAUAACUUGCAGAAUUCAGGGGCCCAGUUAGAAAGUGUUAUUGUAAUGGAAAUACAGAACGGAUUGACCAGCUACGCUAGAAUUCUUGGCAAAGAAGCCCAAGUUGUAUUUGACUCAGUUAUCUCUAAAUUAGAUUCCACGAUACUGAACAAAAACACGAAUCUUGAAUGGGAUAGUUUCAUUCUAAGGAAUAUUUCCAAUUUUGUGCCUCCAAAUUUACCCAUGAGGAGGUUUAAAGAGAUCUCGUAUAGCAAUCAAAACGAUCCUUUUACUUUUGAAGUUAAAUCUGGGUUUCUGGAGAAAAGAUCAAAAUUUUUAAAGUCAUACUCACGUGGGUUUUAUGUCCUCACUCCAAGCUUUUUACAUGAAUUUAAGACACCAGAUAAGCAUAAAUUUUCCACACCGUUAAUGUCAAUACCAUUAGUGGAAUGUACUGUCACUGAGCAUUCCAAAAAGACGAAAUCCAACUCAGAGCAGGGCAAGAACAAGUUUAUAUUGCGUACGAAUUCUAACGGACUAAUACAUAGGGGUCACAACUGGGUAUUCAAAGUAGACUCUUAUGACGAUAUGAUAGAAUGGUUUGGAAAUAUCAAAGCCUUAUCAAGUUUGCCCAACUAUGACGACAAAUGCAAAUAUGUGAGUAAAGUUGCCAAACUGUCUAAAGAAAAAGCCAAGAGUAAUGAAAACACCACGGAGAGCGUGACCCCCCAGGUAACUAAUGAGCAACAUACGAGAUACGAUGAUGUGAGUAGUAGCAAUUUUCCCUUGAAUUCCAUUCCAAAAUUAGACAAUUUGACAAUCACUAACACCACGUCAUCGAUACCGGAAACGAAUGAUUCACAAAUUCAGAAUAGGGUUCCUGAAUUUUACAUUGAAAAUGUAGAUUCCCCUAGAAAAAGCAAUCAGCUGUGA